CAUCCCUCCCAUCAUCUCCUCCGCCUCCGCGGCGAUUCGCAACGCCACCUCGACUGCAAUGCAUCCCGACGGCGAGACCGCCGAUCUGGCGGCGGACGAGCUGCAGAGCCUCAGCUUCGGCUCCUCCUCCGACCGCUCCCGCUCCCGCUCCGCCUCCACCGUCUCCACCGCCACCACCGUCUCCACUUCCGCCGCGCCCGCCCCGGCGCCGCGCCUCGGCGACGUCGCGCUCUCCGACGUGCGGUUCAUCAAGCGGCUCGGCGCGGGGGACAUCGGGAGCGUCUACCUGGCCGAGGUCAAGGGCGCCGGCGGCGCGCUGGUCCUCGCCGCCAAGGUGAUGGACAGGAAGGAGCUGGAGGGGAGGAACAAGGAGGGCCGCGCCCGCACGGAGCGGGAGAUCCUCGAGGCCGUCGACCACCCCUUCCUCCCGCGCCUCUACGGCGUCGCCGAGGGGGAUCGCUGGUCAUGCCUCCUCACCGAGUUCUGCCCCGGCGGCGACCUCCACGUCCUCCGCCAGCGCCAGCCCCAUCGCCGCUUCUCCGAGGCCGCGGUCAGGUUCUACGCGGCGGAGGUGGUGGCGGCGCUGGAGUACGUCCACAUGGUGGACAUCGUGUACCGGGACCUCAAGCCGGAGAACGUGCUCGUCCGCGCCGAUGGCCACAUCAUGCUCACCGACUUCGACCUCUCGCUCAAGUGCGACCCGACGGCGCCGACGCCGGCGCACGUCAUCUCGGACCCCAUCUCCCUCGCCGGCCACUCCUCCAAGUCCUCGUCGUGUGUCAUCCCGUCGUGCAUCGUCCCCGCCGUGUCGUGCUUCCAGCUCUUCCCUGGCCGCGGCCGGCGCCGACGCCGCCGCGGCCGCAAGAAGCCGUCAAGCCGUGCCGGUAGCGGCUUCCCCGGCGGUGGGCUCGAGCUGGAGUUCGUGGCGGAGCCGGUGGAGCUCCGGUCCAUGUCGUUCGUCGGCACGCACGAGUACCUCGCCCCGGAGAUCGUGUCCGGCGAGGGGCACGGCAGCUCCGUGGACUGGUGGACGCUGGGCAUCUUCGUGUUCGAGCUCCUCUACGGCGUGACGCCGUUCAAGGGCUACGACAACGAGACGACCCUGGCCAACAUCGUGGCGCGCGCCCUCGAGUUCCCCAAGGAGCCGCCGGUGUCGUCCGCCGCCAGGGACCUCGUCACGUCGCUCCUCGCCAAGGACCCGGCCCGGCGUCUCGGCGCCACGGUCGGCGCGGCGGCGAUCAAGCGGCACCCGUUUUUCAACGGCGUCAACUGGGCGCUGCUCCGCUGCGCCACGCCGCCGUACGUGCCGCCGCCGUUCAGCAUCGCCGCCGCCGCCGCCGACACCAACGACGACGACGCGUCCGACGACGACAGCUGCCCCGGCACGCCCGUGGAGUACUACUAGACAAGAAAAAAGAAGCUGCCAUGCAUGUACGUGCAAAAGGAGAAGCCAAGCUGAAGCUGCCAUUGCCGGCCGGGAGGGACCCGGGCAGCAGCCGGAGACGGAGAGCACGUGGUGGGGGACGGCGGGCGAACCAACCCCGCAUGGCGCCCACGAGGGGUGGCACGCGGGCGCCGCGCUGUCGCGCCAAAUAGUUGCCGGGAGCGUGUCCCCCGGACAAACAGCUACCGGGCGCACCGUUCCAAUAACUUAUUGCGGCUCUGCUCCCUCACUCACUUUGUCUGAUGCUCACUUUGCUCACCAAAAUAUGCUUAUCUCUAUAGUGCUAUAGUACUACUCCGUAGUAUAUAUAUAUUAUAAAUAUUUAGGGACAUUUGGAGCAUAUAACCUAGCAAAAUUCCUAUGAAAACUGAAAUAUGCUCCCAGGGGUGAGUUGUAUUUAUCUCCACUGACAUUUGGAGUAUGUUAUUCUCAUUGGAAUACCUACAACUAAUAAACUGUUAUUAA